AUGUCGACCCCGCCCCUCGCAGGGGCCGGCAUGCCGCCCGGGGCUUUCUCCGGGACGCAGGCUCAGGCGGCUAGGGAAGUCAAUACAGCUUCUCUCUGUCGGAUUGGGCAAGAGACCGUGCAGGACAUUGUAUUUCGAACCAUGGAAAUCUUCCAGUUACUGAGGAACAUGCAGUUACCAAAUGGUGUUACUUACCAUACUGGAACAUAUCAAGACAGACUGGGGAAGCUGCAGGAACAUCUCCGUCAGCUAUCAAUACUCUUCAGAAAGCUGAGAUUGGUCUAUGACAAAUGCAAUGAAAACUGUGCUGGGCUCGAUCCUGUUCCCAUAGAA